AUGAGUGUUCCCUUGCCGACGAUGACGCAUGAGCGCCUAAACUUCUCAACCCUGCUCUCAUCGUCAUCUUCGCAGCUUUUGGGAAGAUGGUCAGGAUAUCUGGGUUUCCUGGUGGCCUUCCAGGCGGAGUGUGACCUGAGCCUGCGAAAACUUACGGAUUGGUGGAUUCUGGCAGCUGAGCUGCCUGACGGGCUCGUGACGACGUGUCCUUGGAGUGCCUGUGCCAGUGCAUACGGAGAAUUCCCUACUCGUAAAGUCCAUCUCCUGCAGGACACCCACUCUGCGACGGUUGAAGAGGUCAAGAAGAUCGAGGAGGUGACCCAUGGUUGGAUGUCGGUUUCGAGACAGUAA